AUGACGCUUCACGGCAGAAAGGACGCUACGCCGAACUUGGCAACUUAUGUUCACAACAUCGAGCUGAUGGCAUCUAGCAGCCAUGGAUUUGAAGACAUGCCAGCCUUGGCCCGCCAGAAGCCUCAGUCCCACCAGGCGCCCCAGAUGGGAAGCCAAACGACCAAGAAACGAAAACGGCAUGACGACGACGACAACUUCUGGGGUUUAAUCGCGCUGAUUCUUGGCACUCUUUGCGCGUGCGCAGGCUUAGCCGGUUUCCUAAUUCACGACUCCAUGAAAACGCCUCCGAGAUGGCCCACAGUCAGCGCUAUCAGCGAUAUUACCACGUCUCAUAACGAUUGGCUAAAGGUCCACGACACUGAUUCCCAGCGCAAGAACAUUCCGAAAAUUAUCAAAUCUUGCGAAACAUCCAUGACACACAUGAGGGCCACCAUCAAACACUCGGACAUGCACAAUCGCCAACGUCUUCAACAAGGGAUGCAGGCCUUUUCUUUCGAAACCGACGAAGUGGUCAGCAAAUUCAUCGCCUGGAACAGCUUUGCUCAAGCGACGGUUGACGAAACGCAGAAUUUGAACGAUCAUGUUUUAAAAACCACGGCUCCAGUGAAUGAUGUGGGCGGCUUCAGAGGAAGAUGGACUCAAGUACGUGGGCUGUUAAGCCAAGAAGGUCGCAGGAUUGGCGCGCCUCUUCAAUAUCUCAAAGAGGAAAGGACGCAUCUGUUGAACAAUUUGGACACGGUUGGCGUGCACCUACAAACCAUUGCAGAACUCUUGCGCGAUGAAGAGGCGAGUCUUGAUUCUCAGGACAAAGACUCCACGGAACGGAGAACAGCACUUAAGGGGAUGCUUGAAAUGGUAACGAAGACUCACAGGGUGAUUAACCACGUCCAAGUUACUGUCAAAACGUCGGGAAGGGGCCUGGAACGAUUGCGCCAGGUGGUUUGGGGAAUCGAGAACAAUUCAGGUUACGCCAGCGAGGAUAUUCCUCUGUGCUUGUCCAACAUCCAAGCUGCUGUUGACAGAUUGGGGGAUAUGUGGAAGCCCAAUAAAUGCGGGUCCAAGUGA